AUGGAGAGUCCCACUGGCCAGCCCUGUGUGAUUAUCCCCGAAUGCUACUCCCACUUCAGAGACGUGUUCUGUCCUCGGCGGGCCACGCAGCUGCCACCUCAUCGGCCAUGGGACUGCGCCAUUGACCUUCGUCCAGAAGUCGAUGCGUCACGGUCAGGAGUAGGAGCCAUCCUAUCUCAGCAGCAGGGGAAACCUGCUCAGUACCAUCCCUGUGCUUUCUUCUCCAGAAAGCUGUCGUCCGCCGAACGAAACUAUGACAUUGGGAAUCAAGAGCUCCUGGCGAUCAAGCUGGCAUUAGAGGAGUGGAGACACUGGUUGGAGGGGGUGGAUGCAGAGGUGGUGUGUCGACAGCUUGGAUGUGGUAAAGCAGUCAUCGCUUCUCGUAAUGCCCGCUUUGGUCAGGGAAGUGAACCAACCUGGCUGGAUGAUGUUCAGUGUAAUGGAACUGAGAGCUACAUAGAUCAGUGCUCACACGGAGGAUUUGGAGUAGAGAACUGUGAACAUCAUGAAGAUGCUGGAGUCGUGUGUUUAAUUCAUAAUGAGAUUACAUUGGUCAAUGGUGCGAGAAACUGUUGUGGUCGAGUGGAGAUCAAUCACAAAGCCCAGUGGGGAACAGUGUGUGAUCAUUCCUGGGACUUAAAGGAUGCAGAGGUGGUGUGUAGACAGCUUGGAUGUGGUAAAGCAGUCAGCGCUCCUCAUAAUGCCCGCUAUGGUCAGGGAAAUGAACCAACCUGGCUCAGUGAUGUUCAGUGUACUGGGACUGAGAGCUACAUAGAUCAGUGCUCACACAGUGGAUUUGGAAUAGAGAACUGUGAACAUCAUGAAGAUGCUGGAGUCGUGUGCUCAAAUGGCGCUAAUCUACAACUCGUUGGUGGCAGUAACUUCUGCUCUGGUAGAGUGGAAGUCUAUUAUAAUAACCAGUGGGGAACAGUGUGUGAUGAUGACUGGGACAUGAAGGAUGCGCAUGUGGUGUGUAGACAGCUUGGAUGUGGUAAUGCUGGCAGUGCUCAUAAAAAUGCUACCUUUGGUCAGGGAAGUGGCCCAAUAUGGCUAGAUGAUGUUCAGUGUUCUGGAAAUGAAACCACCAUCACACAAUGCUUACAUAGAGGGUUUGGAAAACACAACUGUGUCCAUGGUGAAGAUGCUGGUGUUACUUGCUCAGGUGAGUAUGUGUGUAUCGCUCAUAGGAGGGUGUGUUGUGAGUACAACAUAGAGCUUGUGUAA